ACGCAGGCUUAGUUGCAUAUGGAGAAGUGAGGUACGAAAGAAGUCCAGAGCAUCCCUGCCGGAGCACAUGCUUAGUCCCACCUUGCCGACGAGCGCGAGGGCCACUGUCCUCCGCAGCAAGAGUCCCUAGUACGGGGGUUUAUCUUUCUUUUCCGUCCGUCGAAGAGCCUUGAAAGUAGGUCUCUCCUUGAAAUAGCGUCCGUCUUUACCCAAGUCCGCGCAACUAAGACGGCAAGAUGGACCGAAAACUCAGCUUCGCUCUUGUCCGACAAGUUUUCCAGCGAGUUCCGCUCGUCCUCAAGACCGUCGCCCUCAAUCUUCUUCGCCUCUCUCCCGCCGGAGGAAAGCAAGAUCUCAAGCUGGAAGUCUCCGUAGGAUUUAUUCGAUCCUUCUUCAACUUCUCUGCUUCGUCUCUCCAGAUGCAAAAGCGGAGCGUGAGAGACCCCGGAAAGAAAGGGUACAUGUGGGUAUCGGCAGUGACGAUGCCAAACCCCCCCGAGAAUGACGUGCUCCAGGCAUUGUUGAAGGCAAUAGAAUAUCAUAUGGACGGUUCGGAGACGUACGAAGUUCCGAAGGUGUGUGAUGUUGAGGCAGAGUGGAAUGGAUAUAGGCAGGGAGCGCAUGCGAGGACUCCGCAGCCAAAUAUUUCUGAGGAGGCUAAAUAUGCAAGAUUGAUGGAAGAUGUUAACGAGGAUCUUACCAUUCUUUAUUUCCAUGGCGGCGCUUAUCACAUGAUGGACCCAUGCACCCAUCGUGGAGUGACGACGAAAUUAUCCAAACUAACCGGUGGCCGAUGCUUUUCCGUUCGAUACAGAUUGGCACCUCAAAACCCGUUCCCAGCCGCGGUAUUAGAUGCCUUGGUCGCAUAUCUGUCUCUCAUCUCUCCUCCUGAGGGUGCUUUCCACGACCCCGUCCCCGCAAACAAGAUUGUUCUAGCAGGAGACUCGGCAGGCGGUGGCCUCUCUCUUGCUCUUGUACAAACCCUUUUAACACUUCGCCGAAUAUCUCCUACUUAUACCAUUCACUUUCAUGGCAAGGACAUCCCCGUUGAACUACCCGCUGGCCUGGCCUUAUCAAGUCCCUACUGCGAUAUCACGCGAUCUCUUCCAUCAGUAUACCGUAACUCCAAAUAUGACUAUAUAACUCCUCCUCCACAAACGCCUGGGUCGCUCUAUGAGCCGUAUCCAUUCCCGCCAGACGCAACCUGGCCUACAGACCCACCGAGGGUUGAGAUGUAUGCGAAUGCCAGCAUGUUUACCCAUCCCUUCGUUUCACCUGUUGCCGCUCCCAAGGACACAUGGAAAGAGAUGCCGCCUAUCUUCAUAACUCUUGGAGAGGAGUCACUCGAAGACGAAGGUAUAUAUCUGGCGCGCAACAUUCACCGCGCAGGUGGUACUGUGGUGCUAGAGCGCUUUGAAGCUAAACCACAUUGUUUUGCACUAAUUCUGCCCACCACAGAGGCCGCUAGGCUGUGCUUUCAGAGUUGGGCCGAGUUUUGCACCUAUGCAGUGCAGGGUCAGGUGCAGAAGACAGGCAAGGCGUUGUUCCUGGAUCAUGCUGUGCGUCAUGUUGAGAGAAAGGAGUUGGACAGCUUAGGAGAUCUAAGUGAAGAAGAGGUGCAAAGGAGGGUGGUUGAGGGGAAGAACUGGAGGUUGGAUGGCGAAAAGGAGUUAAUCAGGAAGUGGAAUAAGAGGGCAAAGCUUUGAGAUUUGGGGUCUUUGGCCUUUGAUCAGGAUGUUUGGUGGUGUUUAUGGCUUUGGGUUAAUUGAAAUAGAAUUCCUGCGGGCGUAGUGGGCGUACGGGUGGCCCUUUAGAAGAUUGCGUAGAUACCAUACAAGUAACAGCAUUUAAAUGAUGUAAUUUAAUCAUUGUUGAUUGUAUUCCAACCGGCGCUAUCGAAUACAUAUGCAGUUACAAAAAUGUAGCUAAUAAAUCUCCGCGGACUGUAAAUAUAUCGCGCGGGUAUCACAUGUGCUCUGCCAGACGAUUUGCACCAGAAUAUCAAUGGAUGCGUAUCCAAUUUACCCCAAAACUUAAAAGAAUCAAAACAUCCAGGACGAGAAGGUGAAUAAGAAGCAUAUCUCUCCCCGGUUUUUAUAAAAUAGUGUCAGCGUUCAUGCUCAGGUCCGGGUCCGCUCCCACUCCUACGCCCACGCCGCCGCCGGUGAUGCCAUCACCGCCACCACCAGGCUCCCACGCAGCAUUUGGCCGAAAAUGCCCUUGUGCAAGCGGCUCUCGCCUAAAGAACUCCGGAUAAACGUCAUGGUUGUAUCUCUGUAUCCAAUUCUCCCCGUACCAUUCAUCCCCAUACAUCCAAUCAUCGAAUAACCGAUCCCACAUCCCUAGUGAUACACCAACAUAUCUCACACAUGAAAAAAUGGUGUCUCGAAUUGGUACCCAUAUCGCUGAGAGAUGGAGCCAACGCCAUAUCGUGUGAGGAAUCGCGGUGGGCCACUCAGGGUCUCUAGAAGCGAUAAAGCGUGGUUUGUUGAGGAAGGAAGGGUGGUAGCGGUAUGUUUCGAUGAUUGCUUCGAAAAUCUGCCAUAUGAAAAUGAUUAUAAGGGACCAUCCCAGUCGGGUAAGUCGCUGUCGUCCUGUGUCCGGGUCACGGCGCCAGAUACGAGGGAUUGGAAUGGCAACGUAGCGCAAGCCAUCAUCGUGAAAGCCACACGAUUCACACGUUCCGUCUCUGUGAAUAUGGGACUUGGUCUUUUGAAAAUCCUGAGAUUGGCGAGUAGCAAGGAGUGCAGCCUCUUUUACAGCCUUAUCCUCGAGACUAACAAGGCCCGCUUUGGCCUCAUUGAUAUUCUGAACAAGUGACUGGAGCUUAGAGUUUAGUCGGUCGAUC